GAAAACACACUGUUUCCCAAGCUGGGUGGGUGGGGGUCGGACAGAGGUUCUCCUUGACCUUGGCUCUUGACACUGCCAGAGGGGGAGAACAUGUGCUACCGGGGCUGGACUGGGCAGCUUCCAUUUCCAAGGCAUAUCACUGCCCAGGGCUGGGCACUAGAGGCAGUGGGCAUGCCAGAACCAGCCAAGGGCUGCCUGGAUCCUGCAUCUUGCACAGGGCUCAGCACAGAAGGAGAAAGGAAGGCAGAGAAUAAGGUGUGACAGUCUCCACAGUGGUCAUGAGGGCUCUGUGCCUACUGUCCUUGUCACACAAGACAAGGCCCAGAGAAGGAUGCUGCUGACAGACACUCUCUCUGCAGAACUGAGGCUACCGGGCUCAUCCUACUUACAGAAAGGGAAUCUCUCCUGGAACCCCGUUGUUUGCAUUGUAAGUGCUGUCUCCUCAGCACUUACUAAGGGACCCUCUUCACCUUGCUGAUAUCCAAGCCAUGUGAAAUUCACAAAAAUUCCCAACGAGAUGUUGACAAAGGGAAGGCACUUGUUGCAUUUCCUUCUGGGGCCUAUCCCCAAAAACAUCUUUUGUUGGCCCUCACCCCAAAGUUGACCCCUUUAUCUAGGCUAUGAAAGAAACCAUCUGGACACAUGUGGACAUCAGAGUAGCUAACAGGUCUUGAGUUACUCACUCAAGGUACCAGACGCCAUUCUGUGGCCUUUGUGGGUAUGAACUAAUUUAAUUCUCAAAACCUUGUGAAAUAGGUAGUGAUCAUACCCCAUUUCACAGAUGAGAAAACAGAGAGGCACAGACAGCACCCAUAACUUGGUAAAGAGCAUAUGACUUGUUGGUGGCAGAGUUGGGAUUUAAAACAAGGCACGUGUGUCUCAAGGUCAUGCCCGUAACUUCUGGGCCCUGCUGAAUCAUGUAACUGGGCACCACCAUGUCCCCAUGCCUGUGGGGGACAGAAGCUCAUUUCAUUCAGGCAGGCAAACUGGGGCAGUCCUCAGGGAGAUGGCAAUCCACGCUCUACUGGGAAAACCCCAAUGCUGUGAGCCCCACAGCAAGGCCCCAGGUCUCUGGCCAUCCUGUUCUGCUCUCUCUUGCAGGUGUCCACUUCACAGGGUUCCUGAUCGUGCUCUUGGACAGCCACCCCUUCUCAGUCUCUGGUCUGGCCAGACUCCGCAAACCUGCUUCCGCAAUGGGUGGGUUGUGAGUGCUGGUAACGAGGAGCUGUGGGCCCAGCCAGCCUUGGAGAUGCCGAAAAGACGGGACAUCCUUGCGAUUGUCCUCAUCGUAUUGCCCUGGACACUACUUGUCACCGUGUGGCACCAGAGCACCAUCGCGCCUCUGCUCACCACGCACAAGGAUGACGGCAGUGACCCCCGGCGCGACGCGCCCCCGGGCGCUGACCCCCGGGAAUACUGCAUGUCGGACCGUGGCAUCGUGGAGGUAGUGCGCACGGAGUACGUGUAUACACGGCCCCCGCCGUGGUCGGACACACUGCCCACCAUCCACGUGGUGACGCCCACCUACAGCCGCCCGGUGCAGAAGGCUGAGCUGACACGCAUGGCCAACACGCUGCUGCACGUGCCCAACCUGCACUGGCUGGUGGUGGAGGACGCGCCGCGCCGGACGCCGCUCACCGCACGCCUGCUGCGCGACACCGGCCUCAACUACACGCAUCUGCACGUGGAGACGCCCCGCAACUACAAGCUGCGCGGCGACGCCCGCGACCCGCGCAUCCCGCGGGGUACCAUGCAGCGCAACCUGGCCCUGCGCUGGCUGCGUGAGACUUUCCCGCGCAACUCCAGCCAGCCGGGCGUGGUCUACUUCGCCGACGACGACAACACCUACAGUCUGGAGCUCUUUGAGGAGAUGCGCAGCACCAGGAGGGUGUCUGUGUGGCCCGUUGCCUUCGUUGGUGGCCUUCGGUACGAGGCCCCACGGGUCAACGGGGCAGGGAAGGUGGUCGGCUGGAAGACAGUGUUCGACCCACACCGACCAUUUGCAAUAGACAUGGCUGGAUUUGCCGUCAACCUGAGGCUCAUUCUACAGCGUAGCCAGGCCUACUUCAAGCUGCGUGGUGUGAAAGGAGGCUACCAAGAAAGCAGCCUCCUCCGAGAACUUGUUACCCUCAAUGACCUGGAGCCCAAGGCAGCCAACUGCACCAAGAUCCUGGUCUGGCACACACGGACAGAGAAGCCAGUGCUGGUGAAUGAGGGGAAAAAAGGCUUCACUGACCCUGCUGUGGAGAUCUGAGCCCCAGGAUACAGGAGCCUCCUUCUCAGAUCCUGUGCCUGGCCUUCCAUCCUCUCCCCAUGGCUGAUGGUCCCUCCGGGGCAAACUCCUAAGGAAUCACCAUCAUUCUACUUUCUAUUCUGGGAGCUUCAGAGAGAGCCCAGCUUGAUGCCAGGACAAAGGACGGAGAACCUAAAGCACAGAAAUCCCAGACCUGUUGUUCUCUUCCAUCUAGCAUGACCAGGGGCCCAGCUGCUAGCCAAGCCAUGCCAGCCAGCGAACCAGUGCCCCAGCAUGCCUCCCCAGAGCUUCCUGCACUGACGGGGCCUGCGGGAGCAGACGCAACGGGCACUGAAGCCCUGGAGUGAGGCCAGGCUGGGAGAGAGGUGAAAAGACCCCGGCUGUCAAGUGCAGUGUGGCCUUCCCUGGCUCCCUGCUCCUGGGGCCCAGCAUGACCGCACAGGCCAUCCGGCCAGGGAAUUCUGAAGACUGGAGAGCAGCCCCCUGCCCAGGCAUCAGGAACACCCCCUCCCCUCCUCAGAGAGCUGCUUUCAAGUAGACAUACCUCUCUGGCUUUCCUCUGGUUCUCAUUUCCAGAGCAUAAGUCUGUCUUUGAUCCCAACUGGUGACCACCCUGCAUGAGGGGAACCUGAGCCUGCCGUCAGGCUCCCCCAUACCUCAGGCUGUGGUAGGAGUGGAGCCCCUUACUCUGGCCCCACAUCCCCAAGCCUGCUCCUUCCAGUACAGAGAAGGAGGUGGGCCCUUGAGCCAGCACAGGUCAUGGACUGACCUGGACUAAGACCAUGCAGGCCCCUGUCUAGACACUGCCUCCCCACUGUCCGCUGGGCUCCAGGGCCCCUCGCCUGGGCUGGGACUGGAGAGGUGAGGAGCCCUCUUUCUGGAGCUCUUGAGAACCACAGACCUCAGGGGCUAACGUGAGCCAGGGGUGGACAAGGUGGAAAGAAGAGGGAGGUAGGGGCAGUUCCAUAUUCCUUCCUGCCUCUGGUUGGGAGGGGUGGGGGGGAGGGGUAAGGGCCUUGGGUUAACAGAAGGAUUUGUGGAAAAGGGGCAGAGAUCAUCUGGACCCUGAGGGGAAAGGAAACCUGAGCACACACUACUUUGGAAAAUCAUUCUAUUUUAAACACAUAAUGGGAACGAAAACCUCCCUUGUCCCUAAGUUGAGAGCAUGAGGAAUAAGCCUGCUGCUUGUCCUCCUCUCUCCCCAGUUACCCACCCCCAAGAGAAAGAACAGUGUGCAUGUGUUGCCCCCUGUACCAGGAGAGGCCCCUGACAGGGACAGGCCUCUUCUGAUUCUCUCACUCAUGCUCCUGAAAGUUGGAAGCACAAUUUUCCUCCCAAGUGGAGGAAAGGGAAAGGCCUGAGCCUACUGAAGAGGUGUUUAUUUUUUAAUGCUAACAGCCCCCCCACCCCCCGUUUAAACUCACAGGACCAGUCUGAGGACUGCUGAGAACCCACUCCUGGGUGGGUGGGUAGGAGUCAGUCCAGCAACCUAACAUUCAAAAAAUAGCCUUGGCUGCCGAUUUUGAAAUGGAUUUAACUUCCCACAGCAUUCGUGAAACCGUCCAGUGGGAUCCUGUCUGUGAGAACCCUGAGACACCUUGCGAGACGUUCCCCAGACUCUUACACUUUCGAUGGCGGCUCUGGAAUCAACCCCUCGGAGCCAAGUGGGGUGGUGCGGGAGGGAAGGGAGGAGAUGUGCACAGGGCACCCACCAAACGGGUGAAUUUAUGCCCAGGCAUGGCACUGCCUCACUCACCAAAACCAGCCCUGAAUGCUCAGGUCAGCCUGGCUGGUCUUAGGCCACCUUCUUAGCCAAAAACCCAGGGCUCAUUUUUCAGGAAAUUGAUAAUGAACAACAAAAUGGGAUAUCCUCUCUCUGUUUUUGUUUUUGUUUUUUUGGCAGAUGCUAUUUCUGUUGUUUCCACCUAAUAGCCUCUCUCUUAGCUGCAUGUAUAUUUAUUUAUAAUUAUAAUCCUGGUGGACUGCAGCUUUCAUCUUUGUUGGGAAUGAGUUUUUUCCAAAUCAGAGCUGGGUCCAUUACAACAAUUUGUUUCCCAGACCCAGUCUGUUCCUGUUCCCCACCACAAAGGAGUGAGGCUGGGGGCUCAGAGCCCCGAGAACAGAGCCUGUGGGGGAGGGCAGAGCCCAUGCAGCUGCACCAUCUGGUCUGUUUUAAUUUAACUGUAUUUAAUUUGUUUCCAAAAUUAAAAGUCAAACAUGGUUUUUAACAGCCCUAA